AUGGAAAUGCACUCAAGACUUCGAGCCUUGGUGAUCUUCUGGUGGAUUGUUCAAGGUGACAGCAACAAGGUGGAAAUCCCGCGGGAGGAGAUGGAAGUGGUGAAGGGCCAGAUGGUGGUGCUGCACGCCUGGUACAGCCCCGGUUCGGACAUUUCCAAAAACACUGUUGUUUGGCACUUCACCGGGAAUGAGUCCAAACAGGUGAUAAACUUCAGCUCAGGGGAAGUGGGCUAUGGCCAGAACGACUUCAGCAAGCGUGCGGGAUUCAGCGCCGCCAUGCCGUCCGCCAACCUCUCAAUUUUCAUCAACAAUACGCAAGAGUCCGACUCUGGGCGUUACGUGUGUGAUGUCAUCAUACCCGGAGGCCCUGGCAUUUCGGGACAGAUGCACCUUAAUGUGAAAGUCCCACCAUCGCCUCCAGUGUGCACCAUGACGGGUGAGCCCGUCGUCAACGGCAAUGUGACACUGAGUUGCAAAUCCACUCAUGGAAAGCCUGUUCCUCAGUACAAGUGGACAAAGACCGCUCCCAUGCAGGAAGUCUUCUUCUCGCCCAUGCAGAACGAGAGACAAGGCACCCUGCGGCUCAGCAACCUGACCAAAAGCAUGUCGGGGAAGUACAUCUGCCGGGCAAGCAACACAGCCGGCUCAGACAGCUGCUCCAUUAACCUGGAGGUUAUCACCUCUACCAAUGCGGGCAUGAUCGCAGCCGCCACACUGGGCUCCAUGGUUGGGCUGGUUGCCAUGGUGCUUUUCCUUUUAUUUGUCCUGAGGAAAAGGCGGGACACUGAAGAGGAAACGGCCAAUGAAAUCAAGGAAGAUGCUCAGGCACCAAAACGAGUGUCAUGGGCCAAGAGCAACACUGGCUCGGAUGUUGUAUCCAAAAACGGCACACUGUCAUCCAUCGCCACCAGCCCUCGACCCGGAGACCACCAACGCCAGCCCGCCUUCCACUACCCCUACUCGCCCUCGUCCACCACCGACACGGGUUCCGUCAUCAACGCCUACCAACUGCGCCCAGGCGAAGCCAACACCUUGCGGGGCCUGCCGGGCUACAACGCAGGCGGGACGCCAUCGCGCAAACACAGGCGGCCUCCCACUGCCAACGGGGGCCCACCACAGGUCGUCCGCAUGCCCCCGGCCAGGACGGAAGGGGCUCAGCCUCAGACGCCGCCCGCCUUCACGACAUCCCCGCGAGCUAGCUCGUCGUCCACACUGACCCGAGCGGGAACGGUGGCCGUCAUGGUGCCUGCACAGAGCCAAGCCGGCUCCCUGGUGUAG